GUGAGGUUCGUUUGAUCGGGUCGGAUUGAAUCUUGAACAGACACUUCCUUCGAAUCGAAGCAAGGAAACAACGAAAGAAACACGCAAUUCAAAUCACUUCCGCGAUGGGACGCAACUCGAAACACCGCCAACCGCAGAACGGCAGUCGGCAGCAGGCUGCGAACGAGCUGUUGAAUUUCCAUUUCUCGACCCCGGCCACCGCUCGCCAACACAGCAGCAGUUAUAACAGCAACGACUACAACUCCCGGAACCGACGCGGAAGAAACCACAAACACGACAACCACCGCAGGAGCGCGAAACACAGGGCCUCCGUCCGCCAGACGGCGGACUCGUCCAUGUUCCACCUGCAUUCCUCCGCGGAGCACACCUUUCUCCUGACGCGUCGGUCCCCCUCUAGGAUGAACACGGCCGCCGGCAACGACUAUUCCUUCCACGGAUCCGACAAGAGCGUCCGCUGGGAUUCCGUCCGGGCGGUCCGGCAGCGGGUCCCGUCCAACGGGGAGGACAAUGCCUGCCCCAUUUGCCUCUGCGACUUUGUGUCGGCGCGGAUCAGCAAGUGCGGGCACUCCUUCUGCCUCCCGUGCGUCCUCCGGCACGCCCAGACCUAUGCGGCCAACAACCCGUACCACCCGGUCAAGUGCCCCUGCUGCGGGGUCCCCCUCGUCCUGGAGGACGCGAGGCCCGUUUGCUUCGAGGCAGUCCGGCCGGUGGUCCUCCAGCAGAAGCUGCGGCUGCGCAAGCUGCACCGCCAAAAGACCUCGUCGUCGCCCUAUCUGCCGAUCCGGGAAGCGCCCAUGCAUUCCAACCCGCACUUUGCUCCCACCGAUGGCAUCGACGCCGAUGCCAGGUACUCGAGGUUCAACUAUCUGGAUCCGGACGCCUACCACGCGCUGCUGGUGGCCAAUCAGGGAGAACUGGAGCGGGAGGCGAGAGAAUUGGAGGGAUCAGGUUUUGGAGAUGCUUCCCCGGAGAGGAUGUACCUGAGCAUCGCACUGGGUAUGGUCCUGGCGGAGCAGCAAAUCGCCCGCUCGGAAUACAAGGAAGAAGCGAGCCUCAUGGCGCGUUUUGCCGAGCCGGGCAGCGGGAUGUACCAGCCGCAGUCUCCGGCUCUUGUCUUUUUGGAAGAAGAGAAGGGAAAAGAUCCCAACGCCAGCAGCGGGGGUGGUGGUGGUUCCUGCAAUUCCGCGGAGCUUUUGCAGCACGAGAUCGACUCUGGACCCACCGAGAACGACGCCGGUGAGGACGGAUCGUCGUGCACCCCGCAGAGGCAUCGGGGAGAGUCGAUUUCUUCCUACAAAUCGGUCGACACGGCGUCGUCGGCGGUGAGUUUCAGCCUAGAGACGGGCGAACCAGGUGAUGGCGUGGCGGCCGGCCGCGAGCGAUCCACCAGGAAAAAGGCCCUCAGGAAACCAAGGGCCGGCAGCAUGUACCUGGACACGGAGAACGCGGUCCACCUCUACCAGGCGGAAGACGGACAGCUGGUCUUUCUGAACGGCUUCAACAUGACGUGCCUCCUAUCCGAUUUCUCGAAGGGCCCGCCCGCUUCCCCCGGGUCACCCCCGCAACCGCCUGUUCGACCGGACGGAGGGACACCGCCGGACCACCACGCUCCGCGAUCGACAGCGGCCGGGCCGCUCCCCGACGUGGUCGAAGGAAAGGUCCUGGAAAAGGAGCUCGUCCACGUGACGCACGACACCCGGAAACGCAUGCCCUUUCUGAACCACGUUCCCCUCUAUACGGACGUGGUCUUUGUCGAGCUGGACCUGAACCACCUCCUCUCCGGCGCCACGAGGCGGAAGUUCCGGAGCGAGACCGAAAAGCGGAAGAACAAGCGCCAAUCGAGAGCCCGGGCCGAGAAACGGGCCGACCGCAUGGCCCGAAAGGAAGACCAGGAGCGGAUCAACGCGCGCAAGGCCCAGCUGCCACCGGUCGUCGAUCCGGACGAUUGUUUCUUCCAGACCCUGCAGAUAGCUCCGCCGCCGCCGGUGGAAUCGGAGGCAGCGGAGCCGCCCGGCCCCCUACCCGGAGGGGAGGCCCAAAGCGGCAUUACAGCCGUUGAGUUUCCGCCACAAGCUGGUCCGCCGGCCCUCGAUUUUUCCCGGGCCGCCCGGAGGGGGGACCUCCCCGGUCGUUCCGACGAAGGGGCCUUUCCCGCGCUGUCAUCGGCCCGGGCGUUCCCGGCUCUGGGAGGAGCCUCGCGGUCCCCUGGAGGGGCCAGGCCAACCGCCAGCAGGGGAUGGGGGGGGGGUCCCGAAACAGGCCGUUUGGGUCCUCUGGCGGCGCCGGGUGGGGGCAAAACGAAGAAAAAGAAGGCUCAGAAGCUGGUUUUGUUUUCGACGGGGGGGUCCCGUGCCUACUAGUAGUGUAGCCCGUUGCCCGGCAGAGCAGAACAAAUACAAAGAAGACCC